UUUGCGAUGAUGUGAUGUUCGGAGCGCACGUCGGGGGCGCAUCGCAUAAAGCGAUUUCUAUUACGUAGCUGACCCAGCCCUUCCCGGUCGAAGAAUGAGCUCAGAGGGGAAUGAAGAACCGACGUCGGCGGCGUCUCCUGGGACAACAUUCAGUGAUCUUUCUCUGGAGAAGCUGCGUCAGACAGUGGAGAAAUUCUGCGUUGAACGUGAUUGGCAACAGUACCACACUCCGAGGAACCUCAUGCUAGCGCUCGUGGGCGAGGUCGGCGAGCUGGCAGAAAUUUUUCAAUGGAGAGAAGUUUCUCCGAACGCUCCGGAAUUAUCGCCCCGGGAGAAAAUUCAUCUAGGGGAAGAAUUGAGCGAUGUGCUUUUGUACUUGAUCAGGUUGGCCGAUAGGUGCGGAGUCGACCUCAGUGCUGCAGUGUUGCGAAAGAUCGAGAAAAACGCUGAGAAAUAUCCCGUGGAUAGAGUCUAUGGGAAGGCGAAAAAAUAUAAAGAAUAUGAGGAAAAUGAGGGUCCCAGCCACGAGAACUCCUAAUUCCUUGUUCGACUCGACCGUGAAGCCAGAAAACAGAAAACGCUCUCUUGCAUCCGGGAAUCCAUCAAACGAUCGACUUGUUCUCCCAGGAAGCCGCCGUUG